UCCACUAGCUCACACUUACACUCACUCAAACGUGUCCGAACAAAAAUAACAUAAAGAAGAAGAAGAAGAAGAAGAAGAAACAGAGCAUGGAGCGUCACUCGGUCUUCUUCUUCCUCAUUUCUAUUGUAGCAUUUGCAGAUGGAGGUUCGAUCGGAGUGAACUACGGGAGAAUAGCGAACAACCUUCCGUCGGCGCGGAAAGUUGUUCAGCUUCUAAGAUCGCAAGGCCUGGAACGAGUCAAAGUCUACGACACUGAUCCGGCGGUUCUGAAGUCACUUUCCGGCUCCGGCAUUAAAGUGACCGUCGAUCUUCCCAACGAGCUUCUCUCCUCCGCCGCUCGCCACCAGUCCUUCGCCAACUCAUGGGUCCAGCGAAACGUCGUCGCUUACCACCCCGCAACCCAAAUCGAAGCCAUCGCCGUCGGGAACGAGGUCUUCGUCGAUCCACACAACACAACAACGUUCCUCGUCCCCGCCAUGAAGAACAUUCACGCCGCUCUCGUGAAGAACAACCUCGACUCCUCCAUUAAAAUCUCCUCCCCCAUCGCUCUCAGCGCGCUCCAGAACUCUUACCCGGCCUCGGCCGGGUCCUUCCGACCCGAACUCGUCGAACUGGUUUUCAAGCCAUUGCUGGAUUUCCUCCGCCAAACCGGGUCGUUCCUCAUGGUCAACGCGUACCCGUUCUUCGCCUACGAGUCAAACUCCGACGUCAUUUCGCUGGACUACGCUCUGUUUAGGGAGAACCCCGGGGUUGUCGACGCCGGUAACGGGUUGCGGUACUUCAACCUCUUCGACGCCCAAAUCGACGCCGUUUUCGCCGCUAUGUCGGCUCUGAAAUACGACGACAUUAAGAUGGUCGUAACAGAAACCGGCUGGCCGUCGAAAGGCGACGAGAAUGAGAUCGGCGCGAGCGUGGAGAACGCCGCGGCGUAUAAUGGUAAUCUCAUCCGUCGGAUCCUCACCGGCGGUGGGACACCUCGGAGGCCGAAGGAGGAGCUGACCGUCUAUCUCUUUGCUCUGUUCAACGAGAACCAGAAGAACGGUCCCACAUCGGAGAGGAACUAUGGGCUGUUUUACCCGGACGAGAAGAAAGUCUACAACAUUCCAUUCACAGUUGAGGGAUUGAAGGACUACCACGACGACCGGUCGCCGGUGACUGGAGGGCGGCAGGUGAAGGCGCCGGUGGAGGGAGGGAGCCCUAGGGGGAGCGUUUCGAAGAGCUUGACGGGGAACACGUGGUGUGUGGCAAACGGGGAGAUGGGGAAGGUGAAGCUGCAGGCGGCUCUAGACUACGCGUGCGGGGAGGGAGGCGCGGACUGCCGUGGGAUUCAGCCGGGUGCCACGUGUUACGAUCCCAACACGAUUGAGGCCCACGCCUCCUUCGCCUUCAACAGUUAUUAUCAGAAGAAGGCACGUCAGAUGGGGUCGUGCUAUUUUGGCGGCACGGCGUACGUCGUCACUCAACCACCCAGGUUUGGAAAAUGCGAGCUUCCCACGGGGUACUGAAGAGAAAGAUAAAGCAAAGGAUUUUGGUUGAUCGAAGAUCAAAAGGAAGGGUUGGGAUUUAGCUCUUUAUUAUAUUAUAUAAUGUUGUAGUUUUAUUUGUAGUAGUUUGGUCGUUGUAUGGUUAAUUUUUUGGGGGCCUCUAUUUCUGUAUGUAUUUUGUUUAGGGCGAUUUGGUGGUUUCAGACGGUUUUAAUUUAACUUAACCACUAUGUUUGUAAUUAAUCAAAUUAAUUAAUUUUCACUUCACUA